AUGGGCGCCGCUUGCCGAUGCGAGCACGUGCCAGGGCCCCACUGCAUCGCGGUGGUGGGGGCCACUGGCCAUCAAGGUGGCGCGGUGGUGCACGCGCUUGUCGCGAAGGGCGUGAGUGUGGUUGCGAUCACGCGAAACCCAAACUCCAAGAAGGCCCAGGAGCUUGCCACGUUGCGCAGGGUGGAGCUGCGUAAAGGUGACCUUAACAACCAGAAGUCGUUGGAGGCAGCGUUCAGCGGUUGUGAUGGGGCGUUCGUGCUUGGGACUGACAACAGGACCACGGGCCGCUGGAAAUAUGAGAACAUGAAGAAGCAGUACGAGAACUGUGCCGCGGCCUUGAAGUGCAUUGAUGGCAUGAAACAUGUGGUGAUCUCGGCGACGGAGUUCCUCCCUGCGCAGGAAGUCUUCAAUGGCAAGGGCUUGCCCACGACGUACGUGCACACGGGCUUGAACGUUGUCAACACCAAUUUCGUUCUGAAGCUGGGUGAUGACGGACAUUACGGUUUCCCGUUGCCUGCAGGGAAUGGGCCGAUAGCAUGGACUGUCAUGAAGGACCUUGGCAAUGUGGUAGCGGGCGUUUUCCAGAGGCCGUCGAUGAUUGGGCAGACCGUUGGCUGUGCAUCGUUCCAUUGCACUGCAGAUCAGCUUGCCAACCACAUGUCGACAGCAAUUGGGAUGAAGAUCAAGUGUCUCAAGCUCCCGGCGUUCAUUUGGGAGAAAGUGUGCGCUGAUGUCCCUGCCAAUUUCGCUGACAUUGCAAACUUCUGCCAGUUUUUCGGGAACCAGGAGGCCCAGAAAAGCAUCUUGGCCACAAGGGACUUGAAUAUCUGUAAAGAGCUCGCCGGUGGAAAGCUGGCGGACCCGGUGGAAGAGCUCAGGGAUAUGCAUCGGGGUGUGACGCAGGCUGGCGGGUGCUGGGGGCGUCUGGCAAGCAAGGUUGUGCGGUUGUGCGCGCACUUUCGCAGCAAGGUAAGCACAGCGUGA